CUCACCACAACGCUGUCGCGUGCCCACGCCAACUCUGGAUAUUCCUGGGCUCACCAGCCCAUCUCUUGAACCACAACUAGUCACUGUCAGUAUGAUGGCCGAGAGGGCUGUCCAGCUCCCGCCAGAAGUCUUGCAGCUGAUCAUCAGUCAUGUUUCCCGACUUCAAGUAGAUGGGGACAUCUCGGAUGAUGCCUUUGCCUUUCCGGCCUCGCACAUCAUCACAAGAACGCUGCGGUCGUGUUUGACGGUAUGCAAAGCAACAACGGCGACGAGUGUGGAGCAGCUGCACCUGUACUGCCUACAUAUCGAUUCCCCUUGGCGCCUGCGAGCCUUGAUCCGGUCCUACGACAGUCAAACGCCUCUACCCGGACGGUCUCUGAAUGCGACGCAGCUGAGGCGGAAUGCAAGCACCUCCAUGUUUCUGAAGCCCUUCACUUUGGAUACCAUCGACGAAGCAAGCGUAGUCACCAGUAUCUCACAGAUCUUCCGCAUUCUGGUCAAGAACCUGAAAAGACUGAUUAUCGAUAUGCCGCUCCGGAGCUAUUAUCCGGGUGAACCUCGUGGCCAAAACUUACGAAUGUCUCUCCGCAAGGCCUUUUUGUCGCUGUCCGCAUUGGAGGAGUUUGUGAGCGUGCGUGACGAGCUCUACCUCUCCACCAGGAUCCCCAGCGACUAUCAGAUCGAGCCUCCAGUCUGGGCCAAAUGGACAAAACUACGCCGCUUGGCUCUUUACAAUCUUGACCUGGGCGAGGAUUGGAGCGAGUUCAUCCGAAAUUUGCCUCAUCUCCAGACCAUCAUGCUUACAAGAGCGGAUUUCGAGGAUGGCAGACACUUGCCCUGCCAUACUUGGCCCAGCACGCUGCAUAUUGGUAUCGUGAACACGUUCAGAGACCACUCCAAGUCCCACCAGGAAGGCCUGAAUCGUCCUGUCCCGGAGCCAUUCUCCGGUUCGUCCACCAUACAGCGGCAUUGCAGCACCGCCGGAUGGACAGAUCGGUCGAAGCCCGAGCUUCCAGCGCUCUAUUACAUCUGCGUGGACGGCAGGUCUCUCGUCAAGCAAGACCGAAGCGGUCAGCGAGGUCAGCCUUCCUCUAUCAGCCAGGGACGAAGUUCCAACAACUGGGCGGCGCACGAUCUGAGAGGUACUUUCAACGACAUUCAAGUGUGUCAGGAAUGGGUGAAACAAAGGGCGCUACGUGGGGAUCUUUGGCCCGAUUCAAGCCCGAUAUGACGAGCACGGCAGCCACGCGGGAUAGUUGGUAUUAUUGAAGCCUACAGUUUCAGCUU